ACCUUCGAUCUGUCUGAUUGCCUUUAUUUUCUUUUGGAGAACGUUCACCUUGCAGGCUGUGCCGUGUUGUGAUGCAACACAGUGACGUGUGCGUGUCUCUGUGCUGUGCUCAUCUUUUUCUCCACCACCAAACAUCUGUUUGGCUGAGGUUGGCUCAUCUGGCUGCAGGUGAUGUCACAUGUGGACAGGUAAAGAGGUCACACGCUAAGCAAUAGAGUGAUUUAAGCUGAAGGGGACAGUCAGUGGGAUGCUCGGCCAGUCUCCUCAUCUAAUUGGGGGCAUCUUGUGGAUCCAGAAUCCAAUGAGAGCUGUUCACUGCAACCUAAGCCAGAAUGGCCUCGACCACCAGAUGUGCCCAAAGAACAUGACGUCGCAGCUGGAUGAAGAGGAGGAGUCUGUGGACGCUGGGGCUGUGCUGCUGGACGACAGCAGCCCGAGCUACCGGGACAUCAGUCCUCCGAUGUACCAGCGCCGCUCCCCGCCGCAGCGCUCGGUCUCCGAGUCUGAGCUGACACGGCCAGGGUUUGUGAAGCUGACCAAGCCAGUGGCUCUGUGGACACAGCAGGACGUGUGCAAAUGGCUGAAGAAACACUGUCCUAACCAGCACCAGAUCUACAGCGACUCCUUCAAACAACACGACAUCACAGGGCGGGCUCUGAUGAGAUUGACAGACCGAAAGCUGGAGAGAAUGGGCAUCAUGCAGGAAGCCCAGAGGCAGCACAUCCUGCAGCAGGUCCUGCAGCUGCGCGUCCGAGAGGAAGUCAGGACCCUUCAGCUUCUCACACAAGCCUCCCUGGAGUGCACUCCAUCCUCACCGUAGUCUGACAGAGUGGGGGACAGCCGGUCACAGAAACCACGCAGAUGCCACCUUCCACCCACAACACCACCGUCCACCUGGUACAUGAUUUCCCCCGGACUUCUCCCUGGACCAAGCGCAGCUCUCCACCCGCACACCUUUGCUUUCUGCCUUCAGAGACUGAUCUGGAAAAUUACAUGACGACUUUUCCUCCGCAGCCACUCCUGAAAAAAAAGGCUCCCACAAGUUCUGACUCGCUGUUUCCUCGCUGUCCCAACAACUCACAGAUUCCUGGAGUCCGACCAAUAGUUUCCAUUACAAGACGUCCCAUCUCCAGUCAUUUCUGACCUUUGCAGCCAAACCGCCAUCAUACCUCUCACACUACAACUCUUCCACUCCUCUCCUACGUCCCUUUACUCCCGUUCCUUCUAGAACAAAGACAUUUACUGUGUACCCUCGAUCCAGAAUCAAAGGUUCUCUUGGCGGUGCCAUUGCCAUGAGGUUGGACGAUACUCGGAACUGUGAAAGCAACACCCUCCUCUCCUACAGUAAAGAGUGACACCUGCAGUCUUGUGGUCUGUAAGUGGCAUGUCUGUAUGUGUCAUGGGUUCUGCCACAACUUAAGAUGUCUGGUUCUCCUCUUUCUUCUUAUACUUUCUCAUAAUCUCAUCACUGACUCUCAUCACCGCAAGAACCAGAGGAGGAUGACACAACGAUUUGUAUCUUUUAGUGCUUUCUCGCUCUCCUGUAAAAGUUCCCUUUCCAUAUUGUGGAUCACUCUCUUUAGUGUAGACAUUAGAGCCUGAGAGAACGUUACACUGUAAAAAACACUAAGUAGGGGAGUAACCACUGAACCUGGCAUUGCAUUAGUAACAGUUACGUUGGAAAUUCCCUCAGUGUCCUUGAAAUGUCUGUGCUCGUAGGUUAACGGAUUUGGGAAACCAAAAGUGGGACGGCUGAAAAAUGACGCAAGGUGCAGGCGGAGCAACAGCCUCUUCCCAGAGAUGUCAAUGAUUUGAAAUUCCUCAGCACUGAUGAGGAGAGGAAAAAGAAGAAAUGAUAUCACAGAUAACAAAAGAGGAGCAUUUUUCAUUUCCUCCCCUCUGUGUGUCUCUUUAUUGCUUUCUCUGCCCUCCAUGUUUUUCUGCUUGAAGACUAUUUCGAGCUAUGUUGAAAAUUGUGUAGCGAGACGUGCCGCGCGCAGACGCUCAUCGUGAAAAUGUUGUGUAUGUACGAAGAUACACUGUGUCCUAUUUAUCUCCCGCGAGAGAGUCAGAUCUCUGCUGUCAAUGUGAAUUAAUGGCCACUCACUGUUUAUGUAAUAGGUAUUUGAAAUGCACUUCAAAGCACACGUGUCCGUCCUGAAACUAAACAGCUGUUCCUCAGAUCGUCGUCAUCCUCGCUGUCACUGCGUCCACGAGUGUAAAUACAUUAUAAAAUCAUGUAGCCUGUAUAUUGACCUCUAAAUAUCAGCUGCUGAUUACGGCGUACUGGAGUGAUAUUUAAUAAAUGAUAGCAUGAGCUGUUGUCACGGAAA